AUGAGAGCUACCCGUGUUUUAUUGAAUGCUGCUAAGAAAACCAGCAAUAAGCCAUCACUUCCAGUUGAAAUGUACCCAUUAUUCGCUGCUAUGGGAGUUGCUGUUGUAUCGGGUGUCUUUUUCACUUACAGACAUUUCGCCCACGAUAGAGAAUUGAGAUUGUGGAAGAAUCCAGACUUAUCUAACUUAGACAAUGUGUUGAAUGCUGAAGUCGAAAAGAAGGUUGAAAAGGACAAUGGAAAGACUGAAACCAAGCAAGAAAACAAGGAUUAG